AACCGUCUAGAUGUAUGUACAAAAUAACAAGACAAUUUAUCUAUACUCCACCUCUGAUGUUAGUCUGAAGCAUGUCGAUAGUUCAUGUUUCUGACACACUUGUAUUAUUUCGUGGUAUGGUCUUCAAAAGCGCGGUAAUACGGGAUCUCGCUGUUGAGGAUAGGCACCGAGUCGAUCUUACGGCUGUCGACCCCGCCCCGCUCCGUUGUAAGGUUAGUACAGUAAAUAUCCAUCUGCCUGAGCCACGGCUUAGGCUACCUAAAUAUGGAUAGUACGGCUCGAGUACGUAGGAGUACUUAAACCUCAGCCCCCCACAGUGUAUCGUCAAAGCCACACCCUCACAGGCACUCUUAUGCCCCCUCCUUCCCUGCUCCCCGCUUUGAAGACCUACUCAUCGGUCAAUUCCUUCGUCCGUGUCGGAAAGCGGACUCUUCAAAGCCCUGCCCUUUCUGAAAAUCAUCGACACCCUCUUCCUAGACCUGAGAGCACCAAGCAAAAUGAAUGUGAUUAGACUUCAAAGGAAGUACCCGCAGUUUGAGCAGGGUGAGAUUUUUUCUCUCCAGGAUGCGUUCCGGAAGUUAGAUGUGGACGACAAGGGAUAUAUAGAUGAGGGCACGGUGAUCAAAGCCACACAGCAAUCAGAGCGUCAACCCUACGACACAGUGAGACAAACACUAAAAGAGGUAGAGCUUGAUAGCUCUCGUCGAGUAGAACUUGAAGACUAUGUCGAUCUCAUUGCCAAACUUCGCUCCGGCUCGGCACAAGGCGCACCUGUUCGAGACCCGGUUUCUGCAACUGCCCCCAAUGCACCACGACACGCCUCGAAAGGUAGUUUAGGAGGAAAAAUCCAUGUCCAAGGUUCCUCCUCGAAUGUGACGCACACAAUCAACGAAGAUGAGAGGACUGAAUUCACGAGGCAUAUCAAUGCUGUCCUCGCUGGUGACCCGGAUAUUGGACACCUUCUACCCUUUCCUACCGAUACUUUCGAGAUGUUCGAUAAAUGCAAAGAUGGGUUAGUCUUGGCCAAACUGAUCAACGACAGCGUUCCAGAUACGAUCGAUGAGCGCGUCUUGAAUAAAUCUGGCAGGAAAAUAAAGGAGCUCAAUGCUUUCCACAUGACCGAAAACAACAACAUUGUCAUCAACUCGGCUAAGGGGAUCGGAUGUUCGGUCGUAAACAUCGGAAGUGGCGACAUUAUAGAAGUGCGAGAACAUCUUAUCUUAGGCUUGAUUUGGCAAAUUAUUCGCCGCGGUCUGCUCGGGAAAAUUGACAUCAAACUCCACCCCGAGCUGUACAGGCUUCUUGAAGAGGAUGAGACAUUGGAGCAAUUCCUACGUCUCCCUCCUGAGCAGAUAUUACUGCGCUGGUUCAAUUACCACUUAAAAAACGCGCAAUGGCCGCGAAGGGUUACAAAUUUCUCCACCGAUGUAAAAGACGGCGAGAAUUACACCGUCCUCCUAAAUCAACUGGCACCUGAACUUUGCUCACGACAACCGCUCCAGACUCGAGACCUACUACAACGUGCUGAUGACGUGCUGACAAACGCGGAAAAGUUGAACUGUCGCAAAUUCUUGACUCCAACAUCACUUGUUGCAGGGAAUCCAAAACUUAACCUUGCGUUUGUUGCUAAUCUAUUCAACACCAUACCUGGUCUUGACCCUAUUACCGAGGAGGAAAAGCUGGAGGUUGAGGACUUUGACGCCGAAGGGGAGCGGGAGGCAAGAGUCUUUACCUUGUGGCUAAAUUCACUCGAUGUGCAGCCCGCCGUCAAUUCAUUGUUUGAUGACCUUCGCGAUGGAGCCAUCUUGAUGCAGGCAUACGACAAGGUUAUUCCUGGCAGUGUCAACUGGAGACACGUCAACAAACCGCCAGCAUCGGGACAAGAGAUGAUGCGAUUCAAGGCAGUAGAGAACACCAACUACGCCAUCGAACUUGGUAAAUAUCACGGUUUCUCCUUGGUGGGUGUUCAAGGAGCAGAUAUUACCGAUGGCCAACGGACCCUAACACUGGGCUUGGUGUGGCAGCUGAUGAGGCGGGAUAUCACCAACACUCUCUCAAGCCUGGCAAGUCGACUGGGUAAGCGCGAAAUCACCGAUUCAGAAAUGAUCAGGUGGGGCAAUGAUAUGUCCCGCAAAGGUGGCCGCAACUCUUCCAUCCGCAGCUUCAAGGAUCAAUCAAUUGGCUCCGGCGUGUUCCUGCUCGAUGUGCUUAACGGAAUGAAAGCCUCCUAUGUUGAUUAUGAUCUUGUAACUCCAGGCCAGACUGAUGAACAGGCCUAUGCGAACGCAAAACUCAGCAUCAGUAUCGCACGCAAGCUAGGUGCAACUAUUUGGCUGGUGCCUGAGGAUAUCUGCCAGGUUCGGUCUCGCCUGGUGACUACCUUUAUCGGAUCCCUUAUGGCUACACAUGAGAAAAUGUAGUAGGGAAGCUCAGGAAAGAAUAGCGUAGUGGACGAAGAGGUCGUGGAGGAAGAGGUGCUGGUGGCCGUCGAAGUCGGCUCAGCAGUGCUAUCUCGCCCACAUUACUCUACUAAACUGUUCUUGUUAUGCUUAUGGUGCGGUUAUUGGCACCUAAAAUUGUCAUUUAAAAUAAAAAAUAAGUGCAAAAACAAUAUUACUAUUUUUGUAUUGAUGGAGGCUCUCCAAAAUAUUUCAUAGUGGAUUUCCGAC